UGAAGUUGGAAGGGCGCCCUCACGAGGGACGCUACUUCAUUGAUGUAAAUCAUGGCGUCUUUCAUCGGAUCACGCGUGACAGAGGUGGAGAACAAACCUAUUGAAAAACCGGUCGAUCGUGAAAAGACAUGCCCACUGCUUCUGCGAGUAUUCUGCAACUCGGGUCAUCACCACAGAGUGGAAGAAUUUCAGCGUGGAAGAGUACCACCAAAUGAACUACAGAUUUACACAUGGAUGGAUGCCUCAUUAAAAGAGCUGUCAAGCCUGGUGAAAGAAGUCAAUCCUGAAGCAAGACGAAGGGGAACCUUCUUCAGCUUUGCCAUCGUCUCUCCAGACAACAGACGUCCAGGCUAUCACCUGAAUAACAUCGGCAUGACCUGCUCUGGACGGAAGGGCCCAGAUGAUGCAGUUACCUUGGCAUCGACAUCAUUCCAGAUUGGGGAUUAUGUGGACAUUGCAAUCUCAUUGCCAACAAGAGGAGGUGGGCCUCCACCUCAGAGAAGAGACAGCUGGGGACGGAUGUAGAUUUGAUGCUUUCUUACUUGUAUUUAAGACGCGCGUCUUCUAGGAUAGACAGUAGCAGAGCUUGGUAUCAACCAUCUUUUCUUGAGCAAAGAAGCACACAAACUUGUAUGGUUUAAGACACUCCACGUACUGGAAGAUGAGGUCUUCAACAAAAAAACCCAUCUUCUGAACUGUUACUUGAUUGCAAAGCUUGCGCUGUCUCUUAGUAUUUUUAACACUUUUUACGCUGUUAAAUGCACUUGUAGCAAGUCAGAUUUGUAACAUUUUGUGCACCCUUAUUUGGAAGUCUUUGUAGUUGUCUUCUCAAAAAAUUCUCGCUGGAAUUUUGUUCACUUCAUUAAGCGCCUGUACAUAAGCAGAAAUUAGUUUGAAGCAAAGGAAAGUAGUGUAGAUUUAAUCAGUUACUAACAUAUGGAACCAAGAUCAAUAAAUUUAAAAAGCUACAUUUCCAAAUCUUGAGCGGGGUAACUGCACAGACAUUGUUUUUUUAAAGUAACACAUCAGGUAUGUAUUUCAUUGAUACUCAUUUUAGAAAUAAAAGAAGCAGUGAAGUUCACAUUACAAUGA